ACUGCAGCUUCCCCACUUACUGAUUCAUACAGGGAUAUUCAGCACCACAUGCCAUUUGGCUGCCUCGUGUGACAUAAUGCUUCACAAGCGUCAUGUGAGGCCCUCAACAUCCAUCGCUUCCUAUCCUACCCAAGGGACCGGCAAAAGGAUGUUAUACACAGGCCCAGAUUAUGUCCGGGAUUACAGGACAAAGCUUCCUGAUUUCACAAUGUACAUUGGGGAGACAAUGCCAUCACCAGAGAGCACCAGUGACGUCAAAUACCUAUGUCGUGCUGCACCUGGAACACCUCACCCCCUCUAUAAAAACCUGUAUGUAGGAGGGAUUGGCUGGGGAGUGUCUCAGUUCAGUUUCCUCAACAGAAGACAGCUAUUGAGUAACCAUCAGAUCAAGCUUGGAGAAUUCCGUAAAUCUUGUGAGGAUAAGAGAACCCAUAUCUAUCAAAGUCCAUGGAGCCCACCACCACAUAUUCUUGAUGCACAAGGAUUUGGAGCUCGGGCUUCAUUGGCAUGGACACUUGACAAAUAUGAUGGUUACGGCUAUGGUAAAGGAUAUUGGGCUUCAAGACUAGACCAGAGUGGUGAACCUCAACGAUUACCAAAUUGUUUACAAAUUGGGUCUUAUGUAAACAAUCACUUCCAGUAGUGACAUUACAGAAACACCCUGGCCCCAACAAGUGAGGUGAAUUCUGGAACCACAUCAGUUGUGCAGAGCACGGAUUUUCAGCGAGGAGGACAACCUUUUAACAAUGUUUGUUUUCUGUCUGUUUCUAUAAACUUAAAGGGACAUGAAACAAAAUGUUUAUUUAAUGAUUCGGACAGAGCAUACGAUUUUAAACAACUUUCUAAUUUACUUAUAUUAUCAAAUUUGCUUUAUUCUCUUGUUAUUCUAGUUGAAAAGCAUACCUAAGUAGUCUCAGGAGCGGAGAGUUAGCUAUUGAUUGGUAGCUGCACAUAUAAGCCUCUUGUGAUUGUCUUACCAAUGUGUUCAGCUAGCUCUCAGUAGUGCAUUGCUGCUCCUUUGAGAAAGGAUUCCAAGAGAAUGAAGCGCAAUCAUAUAAGUAAAUUGGAAAGUUGUUUAUGUAUGUAUGCUCUAUCUGAAUCAUGAAAUACAUUUUUGGGUUUGAUGUCCCUUUAAGUUUUAUGGUAACAUACCAACCACUUCAGAGAUAAGCACAUAGUGAGAUCAGUCUGUUAGUUUUACUAGUGAUGUCCGUUGUGUAGCAUCUUUAAAAGAGGCAUAAGUAUGGUAUGAUAUGUAAAGUUAAUAAAUAAAGUGCAUGAAUAUUUAAA